AUGGACUGCUUUGGUCCACCGUCUGAACCCUAUUCCCCUUCUCAUUAUGAUGGCAGUCAAUCUGGUGUUGAGUCAAUUUCUUCCAUCAGUGAAUUGAGCGAGAAGCCAGUGCUUGGUAGGGAUCUCGUUUCUUCGGACGAGGAGCGAGAGGCCGAAGUGGCCGCACCGAUAGUAGGUGAAGAGCUUGCGUUGGCCUUAGAGCAUGACAUAGUAGAGACAGAAGUGUUCAGACAUGUCUUCAGUGGGUGUUGCCACAUUGCACGAAACGCCAACACUGACCCUGAUGAUGGCGAAGCUAUCCAGCUGAAGUGCGGAAAGCUGGCAACUAAGAAUUUUGAGAAAGUGCGUUUGGCAGGAAACAACGGCAGUUCAUUGCUGCAAUACCUCCUCACUUCUGAUUUAGUAGGGUUGGUAGUGGCGACAGCCAUGUCUCUGGUCGACAGCACUGCAGUUUUCGAAGCUAGAGCAACGAGCAUUGGUGUCCCAGACGAUGUUGUGGCGGCGAUGGCAUUGAGAGGUUGGGUCAGUCAUGGGACCUACGCAUUUGCUGUUGCUUUUACAAGGGAAGAAGUUCACCUUGUGGCUGCAUCACGAAAGCGUGGCACAGCCGCUGUCAAAAUGGACGACAGUCGUCCGUGCGAACCGGUGGCGAAGCGAAAGCGCUUGGUCACGGGUUGCUCAUUUGCAGAAGUGCACAACGUUAGCAGUGGUGUUGGUGACAAAGAGUCAACACAAUCACCUCCAAAGGAGCAUGACGUUUUUGCAGAAGCAGGUUUAAAGGAUGCAGAAAUCAAGUUUUCGACCAGUCUCGAAACAGAAUACCCUGCGGGACUAUGCAAGCAACUGGCAUCAGCUUUUGUGGAUAGACUGCUACAGCAAGGCAAGGAUGUUGCCCAAAUACCACUUCAAAUGGAACAAGCUCAGCGCAUGGGCUCAGGCCUGCAGCCGCGUGGAGGGCGUGCACCACUUUUGUUGGGAGACUUCAAGUUCAAAAUUGACGUGACCUCCAAGAAUGUGGACAUUCCUUCUCAAAUAAGUGAGUCAGUGCACCCUCCAUUCCAGGGUAUUCCUAUCCAUUCAAAGCUGAUUUCUUCUCGAUAUGUGUCUGAAGUGGGGGAUGAGGGCGAGAAGAGAACCAGUACAGUCUCAACCUUUGGAGUUUUUAGGUCUCCUUUUGAAUUUCUGCACAGAGCAUUGACUCUUGAACACCCUCUGGACAAUCCCCACAAUGUGGACCAAUGCAAUUUGAAAGCAAUUUUAUUUAUAAGAGACCACAGUGCGUCAGAGGUUGUACAAUUCAGAGCAAAGCAACUCAAGAAGUACAUGUCACGAGCCGCUCAAUUGGGUGCGGAAGAACUUCAGUUCAAAAAGACGCUGGAUGUGGACGUAAGACGCGUUUUGGACGGGAAGCGACUUUUACUUUUUAAGGAGAUGGCCGCUGACGCAAAUGUUGGCGAUGAAACUCUUUUCCAGGAGUUAACGGAAGGGUUCAGGUUGACUGGUGAGAUGCCUCAGUCAAAGCAAUUUCCUGCGAAGUUGAAACCUGCGAUGAUUUCAGUUCAACAACUCAGAGAAUCUUCCGUUUGGGCAAAGAAGAUGAUCCACUCAUCUUGCCGUAGGAUCGGUUCAGAUCCUGAGAUUGCAAAAGCUGUGUUUGAAGAGACGCAACAGCAACUGAAGGAUGGGUGGGUACGUGGUCGUCAACACCGCAAGAACUUUUAUUGGCUGCGAUUUUCUUAG